AAAUGGCCCCGUAGGGCAACAAGGAUGGUUAGUUUUGACCCUACUUAUUUGUGCCAUAAAAAAAAUCGAUCCUAAUUGACAGCUAUUUGGACUUUUACAUCUGCCAAACCCUUUUUCUUGAACUGUGGUCACUAAAUGAGGGGAGUCUGGUCUGGGAAGUCCCAUGCAUUCCUUCAAUAGGAUGGGGAGCGGGGAUAGUGUCUCCGGCGAUCUCAAGAAUAGGAGGGAAUGUUGACCAGGGAGCACCACUGCGGCCGACCAGAGGAGCAGGAACUGGAACCCUGGCCGAGUCCGAAAAAAGCCAGAUCUGGAAGGUGGCUGCGGAACGGUUUUGAGUGGAAGAUGGAGGAGCCGGAGGAACCGGCGGACAGUGGGCAGUCGCUGGUCCCGGUUUAUAUCUAUAGUCCCGAGUAUGUCAGUAUGUGUGACUCCCUGGCCAAGAUCCCCAAACGGGCCAGUAUGGUACAUUCUUUGAUUGAAGCGUAUGCACUGCAUAAGCAAAUGAGGAUAGUUAAGCCUAAAGUGGCCUCCAUGGAGGAGAUGGCCACCUUCCAUACUGAUGCUUAUCUGCAGCAUCUCCAGAAGGUCAGCCAAGAGGGCGAUGAUGAUCAUCCGGACUCCAUAGAAUAUGGGCUAGGUUAUGACUGCCCAGCCACUGAAGGGAUAUUUGACUAUGCAGCAGCUGUAGGAGGGGCUACGAUCACAGCUGCCCAAUGCCUGAUCGACGGAAUGUGCAAAGUAGCAAUUAACUGGUCUGGAGGGUGGCAUCAUGCAAAGAAAGAUGAAGCAUCUGGUUUUUGUUAUCUCAAUGAUGCUGUCCUGGGAAUAUUACGAUUGCGACGGAAAUUUGAGCGUAUUCUCUACGUGGAUUUGGAUCUGCACCAUGGAGAUGGUGUAGAAGACGCCUUCAGUUUCACCUCCAAAGUCAUGACCGUGUCCCUGCACAAAUUCUCCCCAGGAUUUUUCCCAGGAACAGGUGACGUGUCUGAUGUUGGCCUAGGGAAGGGACGGUACUACAGUGUAAAUGUGCCCAUUCAGGAUGGCAUACAAGAUGAAAAAUAUUACCAGAUCUGUGAAAGUGUACUAAAGGAAGUAUACCAAGCCUUUAAUCCCAAAGCAGUGGUCUUACAGCUAGGAGCUGACACAAUAGCUGGGGAUCCCAUGUGCUCCUUUAACAUGACUCCAGUGGGAAUUGGCAAGUGUCUUAAAUACAUCCUUCAAUGGCAGUUGGCAACACUCAUUUUGGGAGGAGGAGGCUAUAACCUUGCCAACACGGCUCGAUGCUGGACAUACUUGACCGGGGUCAUCCUAGGGAAAACACUAUCCUCUGAGAUCCCAGAUCAUGAGUUUUUCACAGCAUAUGGUCCUGAUUAUGUGCUGGAAAUCACGCCAAGCUGCCGGCCAGACCGCAAUGAGCCCCACCGAAUCCAACAAAUCCUCAACUACAUCAAAGGGAAUCUGAAGCAUGUGGUCUAGUUGACAGGAAGAGAUCAGGUUUCCAGAGCUGAGGAGUGGUGCCUAUAAUGAAGACAAGCAGUUUGUGGAAUUUGUGACUGCAGGGGAAAUUUGAAAGAAAUUACUUCCUGCAAAUUUCCAAGGGGCACCAAGUGGCAGCUGGCUUCCUGGGGUAAAGAGGCAGGCACCCCAGAGUCCUCAACUGGGCCUAGGGGAAGAGGGAGAUAUCCCACAUUUAAAGUUCUUAUUUAAAAAAACACACACACACAAAUGAAGUUUUUAAUCUUUGAAAAUUAUUUUUAAGUGAAUUGGGGAGGGGAGUAUUUUUAUCGUCUUAAAUGAAACAGAUCAGAAGCUGGAUGAGAGCAGUCACCAGUUUGUAGGGCAGGAGGCAGCUGAGAGGCAGGGUUUGGGCCUCAGGACCAUCCAGGUGGAGCCCUGGGAGAGAGGGUACUGAUCAGCAGACUGGGAGGUGGGGAGAAGUCCACUGGUGUUGUUUUAGUGUUAUGUAUCUUUGGUUUUUUUAAUAAAAUCUUUGAAAACCUA